AUGCGUUACGAAAGUUGGGAUGUGCUUCUCUUCCCCGAGAACUCCAAGGUGCCCAUCCAGGAGUUCAAGACGCAAUGCUUUGUGAUAAAAGACAGAGUGUCCCAUUACCUACAUACCCCGGCCCUCAUCAAUCCAGCAUCCUAUUGCCUCCCCCAGGGGAACAUGGGUCUACUGCCUGUGCUUACAACUUUUAUCCCGAGCAUAUCGUCGAAUACCCCGUUUCGGGUGUCUGUCCAUAGCUGGGAAAGGCCUCGCCCAAGUCGGUUCAUGGAGAGUCUGCUCCAACCGGAUGAUGCCUUGCUUUUUGAAGUGCGAGUCUUUAUUGAUGGCCUUUUUGUCUCAGGUAGCGUCUUUGGUCAGAGGACCAGUUGGCCCCAUGUCAUUGAUCUAAGUUCCCACAUCGACAAGAGUGGUAACCAGGACAGCCUUCGUUUUCCCCCAUUUCACCAGGAGAUUCUGGAACAGCAGCACUGGGACGCCGGUGAGCUUUAUGGCAGGAUCAGAGUGGUGAUCUCUGAAGGAUUUGCUCGACCACACCGUAACCCGCCGUUUGAGCGUGUCAAGGAAGUCAUUGCUUUUGCUUUUCAGCAUGCACCUUUGCAGGUCUUGGAGUAUUCUAGUAUUGCCUGGCCCAAUGCGUCAAUGUGGAGCCGAGAACCCCGCCUGUUCAAAUAUAACUCUAGAGGCGAGCUGAACGACUUAAAGGAGCCAGAAGACUCGCAUGCACACUCGCCUACCAGGCAUGGCCUUCGACAACCAGUUGCUACGAGCAGCCAGAUCAGCAACCCCGCAGCACACGGCUCUUGGAUGUAUCGAAACUAUCAACGGCCUAUACCCCAGAUGCAUGGCAACCUCCGAGAACCACGAUGGCCUCAACAGGAGCAGAUUUUGCCAGAUCCUUUCAUUGAUCCCUACGUGCUCGAUCCAUCCGCUCGCCACCGGGGUGCGAGGCCAUCUUGGGAGGAUGUAUCUAUGCCAGACUAUGUUUCGACUUCCACUAGCAGUCGAGCUAUAUCGAAUAUGACUGGCAUUAGCUACGAGCACAGCAAACACCCAAGCGUCAUCUCUCCGAUUGAUGAAGAGUCCUAUAAUCAGUUUAUCGAAGCUCUAAGCCCUCCCAAGCCACUGUCUUGCGGUACUCAAGCCCCUACGAACACACCUUCUGUUACAUUGCCUAUGGCGCGAAAGCUCUCUGUGGCAGCAGAAGUGCGCUCAGCUUCAUACACUAAAGCCGGGGAUCAAGAAUCUGCUCUGAAGGGGAGCUCACAUCCUGUCACAAGAAAUGUCUCAGAAUCCAGCGCUAAAUCUAAUCUGUCCGCCGAGCCUGUUGCUGAGACUGCGGUAGCAAGCAAGCUGCCCGUUACCCCAAAUGUGCAAAUCAAAGGUAGAAAAGAGGGAAUGAUCUCAGAUCAGAAGGAAAAUGAGACUACGGCGGAAACAACACCGCGCAGAGAGUGUGACAAGGUACACCAUACACCGACUAGGACAACUGUGCGUACCAAUGGAAACCUGGAAACCCCCACUGGGUCUAGAAGAAGACGGUCCAUGAGUUCUGCUCGCAGGGAAAGCUUCAGUCUCACCAAAGGAGAGCCAAUUACGCUUUCACCGGCGCAAGACUUGUCCGAGACGGAGAACCUUAUCCGACAGGCUGGUCUUGAAGAACUUCUUGGACCAAGAAGCCACCGUGCAGGUUCUGUAGUGGAGAUGACUGAAACUGACUGA